AUGGCGACCUCAGGCGAAUCGCUUCCAGUUCGUGGAGACAAAGAGAGUCAUACCCCGGACCUCAAAGAGGUUGACUCACAUUCAACAUCUCUUGAUCUGCGGCAUGUUGAGCGUGCAGCUACUUGGAAGAUAGAUUUCGUUGUGGUCCCUAUCGUAGGGUUGUUCUAUCUCUUGUCGUUCUUGGAUCGCGCAAAUGUAGGAAAUGCGCGCGUUGCUGGACUACAAACGGAUCUCAAGAUGACUGACCAUCAGUACUCAACGGCCUUGACUGUUACAUACGUACCCUACAUCGUCAUGGAGCUCCCUAUGAAUCUACUUAUGAAACGUCUUGGGGCGAAUAUCACUCUUCCGCUAAUGGUCACUCUGUGGGGCAUGGUCACAGCCUGUCAAGGAGCUGUGAAGACUUACGGUGGUCUCUUGGCCUGCCGAUUUUUCCUGGGAGCCUUGGAAGGCGGUCUUUUCCCUGGUAUUGUACUGUAUCUUUCGACAUUCUACAAGAGGCAUGCCAUGCAACUACGGUUUUCAUGCAUGUAUUCCAUGACGUCUCUCGCUGGUGCUUUUUCUGGCCUGCUUGCGGCUGCUAUAGAGAACAUGGACGGGCUGCGUGGUCUUCGAGGAUGGGCUUGGAUUUUCGUUCUGGAGGGCCUUUUUACUGCCUGCGUUGGUGUCGUCGGAUUCUUCAUAAUGCCAGCAACUCCCGCCGACAUGCCUUUCCUCAGUGAGGUCGAGAAGAGUACGUAUAUCGAGAGUUUGGCAGCAGAUUGGAGUGGCGAUGCGUACGAGGAGGAAUUCAGUUGGUCAGAAGUGUGGAGCGUCUUCGUCGAUGCGCCGCAGAUAUUGCUAGGUUGUCUUCCUCUUUUCUUCAACGGUGUAACGCUCUUUGGUCUCGCAAACUUUACUCCGACGAUCGUCAGUGCGCUCGGAUUCUCUACGACUCGCACCCAACUUUUGACUGUGCCGCCUUAUGCAUGCGCUUUCGUCACCAUGGUCAUAUGCUCCUACUUUUCAGACAAGUACAAGACACGCGGCCUCAUGGCCGUCUUCGUUAGUCUCGUUGGUACCGUCGGCUUUGCGAUAUUCCUGGGUACACCGAACAAACAUGCGAACUACGGUGCCCUGUUCCUGCAGAUAGUGGGAAUAUACUCGGCAGCGCCGUGUCUCAGCACUUGGCUCACGAACAACGCCCAACCUCAUUACAGAAGGGCGACGGCUGUAGCCCUAGCAUUCAUGAGCACGAACGUCGGAGGCAUUCUCUCUACAUGGAUCUUUAUCGACCCGCCUCGAUUCCACAUUGCCACCUCCAUCAAUCUCGCCUUUGCGCUGGGCAUGGCCGUUGUGUCCGCUUCCCUCGUCUUAUACCUGACGAGGAAGAAUCAUAUGAAGCGCGCAAUGGUCACGACGCUCAUGAACGAGAAAGGUUUAGGUAGAGGGGAAGGAGAGUGGGAUAGUGACCAGGAGAGGCGCCGUCUUGGGGAUCGUCAUCCGAGGUUUGAGUACACGUUGUGAGGAUGUUACUCUAGUGUCUUACACUUUCUAUAUUUCCUCUCUAUCUCACGAUUCUU